AGAAGCGAAAUGAAUGACGGAUGACAAACCGUUAUCUGUAGAUUGUUUUUGCGCAGCCUGUAGCUCACAUCUUUCAUUACUGUGAGACGGAUGUUAGCAAUCAAAACGGGCGGUGAUGCCCAUAUCGGGACAGCGGAUGGAUUCGGCAAUAGCCGUUCUCUUUCUCGUUAAUGUCUGGCAUCCUUUAAUUUCCUCGAAAAGCAGAUGAAAAUCCGAACACAGUCAGAGCCACACCAAGUACUAAUACGCGUUGUUCCAACUUGCAGCAAGACUGUUUGGCUUGACUUUUACUAGAUGCAAAAGUUUCUACUCUCGUCGUUCGUUCGAAGACCCCACGACUGUCUACCCUCAUGUCUUUUUCUCAAAAAAAUCGAGCCCUUGUCUCAUCGGUACCAGCAGCUCAUAAGACUGCCAACAAAGAUGACGCUGCCGUCAAUAAUGAAGUUUCCACAGAAGCCUCGCCCGAGUGGACCCUCAAUGAAGAGAAUAGAUGUAGAUAUAAACCUGGAGGGUAUCACCCAGUUCAGGUAGGCGACAACUAUGCGGGUGGACGGUACACAAUCACUGGGAAACUGGGAUGGGGAGAAUACUCGACUGUCUGGCUCACGCGCGACAAUGAAACAAACAUUGAUGUCUCCCUCAAAAUAAUGAUUGGUGAAGCAACGCAAGCACCAGAACUCCACGAACUCGACUUCUUCCAAUAUUUGCGCCGCCAAAACCCCGGCCACGUCGGGUACCCCCACGUCGUCCACCUUACUGACUCAUUCCAUAUCAAUGGACCUCACGGAAAACAUCUAUGCGUCGUGACUGAAAUGGCUCUAUCCAAUCUGCUGUCUCUGACGGAGCAAUCCUUCGCUGGCUACAGAAUACCAGAGUACGGCGCAAAACGCGUCAUGCGAGACGUGCUCUCCGCACUGGACUAUGUUCACAACGAAUGCAACAUCAUACAUACAAACGUCAAAAUCACCAACGUCGUCAUGACAGCCCCACUAGAAGAAAUGCCCAAAGAGGGUGUGGGCGCACUAAUCCCUGCUCAGCAACAUACGUUUCCAGUAUGCGCAGAUAACGAUGCACCCGUCACGAUAACAAAAAGUAUCCAAAUCGUGCCUAAUCUCGACGGCCCCGAGGCGUGGGACCUGUUUAGCUUCAAGCUGAUAGACUUCGGUGUCGCUUGUUACGCCGAUAAAACCGGAGAACAUUUUACCCAGGAGGUUUGUCCCGUCGGCAUACGUCCCCCAGAGGUGGCUCUGCGCGCAGGCUGGGGAAAAUCGGUUGAUAUAUGGAGCGCUGGUUGCAUGUUGUACGGCAUGCUCGUCGGGAGACCUCUGUUCCCCGUUCAGUGCGAUCCCAUAUUUCUCCCUGCCUACCAGGUGCAGGCCUUGGGCGAGUUCCCCGCGAGCCUUCGGAAUCGGAGCCGAUUGAGCAAGGCGUGGUUCAGUGAUGAUGGAUCCCUUCGACACAAAGAAUUAUUCCCAAAGAAGUCUUUGGAAGCAUUGAUGCAGGAGCAGAGUGGGGCCGCUCUGACGUUGUCGCCGGAUUGCAUGGACUUUAUGCGUAGGAUGUUAACUAUCGAGCCGAAUGAGCGUGCGGUUAUUGAGGAGCUGCUGGGUCAUCGAUGGCUCAAUUCUGACUAAGAAUUCUGCUUGUUGUAUGUUUAUACAGAGAUGGUCCCCUGCAUUCUAAUGCUGGUAUGUCGGAAAUAGCCUGUGGACCGAUCUUUGACCUUUGUACACUCCUCGAUAUACAGUAUCUUAAGAUGUUU